CUGAUGACGUCCUUCCGGAACGUGGUUACUCUGGGUUAGAACACGUGGAUCGGGUACAUAGAAGAAGUUGAAGAUAUAACUUGACAUUUUGAGUGUUUUCGUUUACUGUUCAUCGUCUACGUGUGUGUCAGAUAACCUGCCAAGAUGGUGAAGCCACGGUUCAAGGGGAAAAGCACGAUAAACACCUCGACGGCCAGCAGUAAUCCUGGUAAAUUACAGUCCAUGCGCCAUGUACUGUUUGUUUACAGCAAAUGUUAGUUAGCUAACGUUAGUUCGCUGGCUAGCCCGAUAGACUUUCUCUCUGAAAAGAUGAAACUGACAGAUCUACCUACCUAGCUAGCUAUACAAAAACAUUUGGUCCAUAUGUGACAUUCGUGUUAGCUAGCUACAAAUGGAAAAGUAUACAAUAUGUUUGGCACUGACAUCAUUAGUUCGCUACAGUAACUAGCUAAUUUAGCUACACAUUCUGUCUAACGUUAUGUCUAAAACACAACGUAACUUCAAUAACAACAUUGAGAACAUAUUUUCCUCUACCUGAAAUAGGCAGAAUGUCAUCACUAUAUGUAUUGUCUAUUUGUAUGUAUGAUAGCAAACAGAAAAAAAUCACCAGAUGUCCUAGCCAUAUUUAUGACUAAAAAAUAAGUUACAAAUAAUUCAGAUCGUAAAACGUCCAACCUAUUUUUGCUUGCAUCUAUAACAUAGUGGUUAUUUAAAUAGUUUAAUAACUACACUUUAUAUGGAUUUCCAAUAUUGUUCUUACACUGACAAUUAAUUAACCCAAAGUACCACCACACACCUAUAAUCUCUAACACUGUGUGACAUGAAAUUGCUAUAUCACCAUAACCUUACGACUCUACCUUUUCCAGACCGACCCAAGACUCCUGCAGGUUCAGGCAACAGCAUGAGGGACCGAGCAACUGUCAGGCGUCUGAAUAUGUACAGACAGAAGCAGAGAUGGUAAAUGAUGGAGAGAAAAAAACAUUUGUGACACUUCCCCUGUGACUUGCAUAUUAACUCUUUCCUUUAAUGCUAGUGUAACUCUCAGGUCAGGGGUUGUUCAGUUGACACUUUACCCAGAUAAAGCACACCAGUUCCUGGUAUUCUACAUUUAGCUCCUCUUCAUUCUUUUUAUUAAUUUAAAUGAUUGUGUUGUAAUAUAUUUGACUGUAAUAUCAUUGCCAUGCACCUGCUUUCGUGACCACUGACUAUUUCCUCUGCCAUUAGCAACAACAGAGGCCAGGUGAUCAAGCGUUUGUCAUACCAGUCCACUGUGGCUGAUGGGACACAGGCCAGAGUGGAGCCCAACAUCAAAUGGUUUGGUGAGUAGUGCUGUUAACUGCAAUUGCCACACUGUCACAGGUUAACCCACAAAUGAUUUUGGGUCUGUGUUGUUUAUGAUUGAUUAGAUGGGUAUAAUGGCAAUUUGUCUAACAAUUAAUUGGCUCUGAGCAAGUUGAAAAUGUGUACAGAAUAGUGAAGUUCUUGUCAAUAUUGACUGGCAAACCCUUGAUUUGUAAGAAUAAAUCUGUUUUUAUGCCUUUUUAAAUAUCUGUGUACGGAGAGAUAAGAUAGCAGCCUCAACUCUCUCUCACACACACACACACACUGAUUAAUUCUUCCCCUCUGGUCUCCUCCAUCUCAGCAAACACUCGGGUCAUCAAGCAGUCGUCCCUACAGAAGUUCCAGGAUGAGAUGGGUGCAGUGAAGAAGGACCCAUACCGCGUGGUGAUGAAACAGAGCAGGCUGCCCAUGUCCCUCCUGCAUGACAGAGUCAAGGCACAUGUGAGUAACAAACAGGGUCGCAUAAAUUUGGGCACACUGUAGUGUUGUCACGAUACCAGCAUUUUGACAUCGAUACCAGGUUUACUAUCACGAUACUGAAACAAUACCGUUGCAAGAAAAGUGACAGAAUAACCACUGGCCUUUUAUUUUUUAAAACAUUGAACAAUAUGUUGAUAACUUGUACAACAUCUAAAAUAAUAUAUUCAAUUUCUUUCAAAAAAUAAAACACCAUAUUAAUAACCACCUAGAGUUGGGGGUUAAAUGUGUGUGUGUAUAUCUAUGUGAGAUUUCUUAUAUCUCCUAGAUAUGACACACUUCAAAACCUUAUUCUUUAUUAUAAAACAUUUGACUGUCUUUUUUGCCAUUUUAUGAAUGUGUUAUUCAAUGCGUUUCUAUGGACUAUAGUACUAAAGGCCAAAUUCAAUAUGUUAUCACAUUUUUAUUGACUUAAGAAUUAAAUAACAGAAGAAUAUCUCUUCUAAAAUGUAAUUUGAUACAUACAGUAUCCGGGUUAAUUUGAUCAUCUAUGGCCAUAAUAUUGGGUAAAAUGACAUUCAUUAGACCUAUGAUUCAUUUUUCAUCACUGCUAAAUAAUUUAAUAGUUUAGUUCCAAAACAACAUGUCUGAAGCUUCUAUACUGCAAUAGUCUACACCCCUCAAACUCAACCCUGGACUUCGAAGCCAUUUUCAGAUAGAACAGAAAACCAGCAUUCUCCAGACCUCGUAUGGUAAGAGUUGAAUACCCCUGGUCUACGCAGUACACAACAUACAGUGGGGGAAAAAAGUAUUUAGUCAGCCACCAAUUGUGCAAGUUCUCCCACUUAAAAAGAUGAGAGGCCUGUAAUUUUCAUCAUAGGUACAUUUUUCCAGAAAAUCACAUUGUAGGAUUUUUUAUGAAUUUAUUUGCAAUUUAUGCUGGAAAAUAAGUAUUUGGUCAAUAACAAAAGUUUCUCAAUACUUUGUUAUAUACCCUUUGUUGGCAAUGACACAGGUCAAACGUUUUCUGUAAGUCUUCACAAGGUUUUCACACACUGUUGCUGGUAUUUUGGCCCAUUCCUCCAUGCAGAUCUCCUCUAGAGCAGUGAUGUUUUGGGGCUGUCGCUGGGCAACACAGACUUUCAACUCCCUCCAAAGAUUUUCUAUGGGGUUGAGAUCUGGAGACUGGCUAGGCCACUCCAAGACCUUGAAAUGCUUCUUACGAAGCCACUCCUUCGUUGCCCGGGCGGUGUGUUUGGGAUCAUUGUCAUGCUGAAAGACCCAGCCACGUUUCAUCUUCAAUGCCCUUGCUGAUGGAAGGAGGUUUUCACUCAAAAUCUCACGAUACAUGGCCCCAUUCAUUCUUUCCUUUACACGGAUCAGUCGUCUUGGUCCCUUUGCAGAAAAACAGCCCCAAAGCAUGAUGUUUCCACCCCCAUGCUUCACAGUAGGUAUGGUGUUCUUUGGAUGCAACUCAGCAUUCUUUGUCCUCCAAACACGACAAGUUGAGUUUUUACCAAAAAGUUAUAUUUUGGUUUCAUCUGACCAUAUGACAUUCUCCCAAUCCUCUUCUGGAUCAUCCAAAUGCACUCUAGCAAACUUCAGACGGGCCUGGACAUGUACUGGCUUAAGCAGGGGGACAUGUCUGGCACUGCAGGAUUUGAGUCCCUGGCGGCGUAGUGUGUUACUGAUGGUAGGCUUUGUUACUUUGGUCCCAGCUCUCUGCAGGUAAUUCACUAGGUCCCCCCGUGUGGUUAUGGGAUUUUUGCUCACCGUUCUUGUGAUCAUUUUGACCCCACGGGGUGAGAUCUUGCAUAGAGCCCCAGAUCGAGGGAGAUUAUCAGUGGUCUUGUAUGUCUUUCAUUUCCUAAUAAUUGCUCCCACAGUUGAUUUCUUCAAACCAAGCUGCUUACCUAUUGCAGAUUCAGUCUUCCCAGCCUGGUGCAAGUCUACAAUUUUGUUUCUGGUGUCCUUUGACAGCUCUUUGAUCUUGGCCAUAGUGGAGUUUGGAGUGUGACUAUUUGAGGUUGUGGACAGGUGUCUUUUAUACUGAUAACAAGUUCAAACAGGUGCCAUUAAUACAGGUAACGAGUGGAGGACAGAGGAGCCUCUUAAAGAAGAAGUUACAGGUCUGUGAGAGCCAGAAAUCUUGCUUGUUUGUAGGUGACCAAAUACUUAUUUUCCACCAUAAUUUGCAAAUAAAUUCAUUAAAAAUCCUACAGUGUGAUUUUCUGGAGAAAAAAAAUCUCAAUUUGUCUGUCAUAGUUGACGUGUACCUAUGAUGAGAAUUACAGGCCUCAUCUUUUUAAGUGGGAGAACUUGCACAAUUGGUGGCUGACUAAAUACAAUGUUCCCCCACUGUAGAAAUACAAUGGAUUUUACAUAGCAUACUACGAUUCCCAGAGUGCAUUUUAACUCCCAGGGUGAAAUGCUCCGCCCAGGGCUGCUGGCUGAUGCUAGCAAGCCCAGACAAACACGAAGUAGUCUAAAUAUAUUGCUUUCAUAGCUAAGUUAUGAGUGCAUUUCAAAUUACUUUUCGGUUGUAAUCAGAUUAUAAUGCUCACAUGAAUGUCAUGCUGAAUAUAUGUUUGUCAUUGUCACUCAAAAAUCAUUCAAAUUUAGUUGCUAGUAGAAUAACGUUACAAUGCAAAUGUUGUGUGUAAAAUAGUUUGUCGUUUUGGAACUAAACCUCCCUUGCACUGCACUGCUUUGUAGCACCUUUUGCUUAGUUGUUUCGGUUGGCUGGCCCUCAUCUGCUCUGUACGCAAAGUAUUCCCAUAGUUCGUCUCCCGAGUGGCGCAGCAGUCUAAGGCACUGCAUCGCAGUGCUAGCUGUGCCACUAGAGAUCCUGGUUCGAAUCCAGGCUCUGUCGUAGCCAGCCGCGACCGGGAGACCCAUGGGGCGGCACACAAUUGGCCCAGCGUCGUCCAGGGUAGGGGAGGGAAUGGCCGGCAGGGAUGUAGCUCAGUUGGUAGAGCAUGGCGUUUGCAACGGCAGGGUUGUGGGUUCGAUUUCCACGGGGGGCCAGUAUGAAAAAAUAAAUUUAAAAAAUAAUAAUGUAUGCACUCACUAACUGUAAGUCGCUCUGGAUAAGAGCGUCUGCUAAAUGACUAAAAUGUAAAGAAAUGUUCGCUUCUUGAGACAGUUUCGUCAACAAGCUGCGGGCGUGGAGGUAUGAUGUUUUUGUUUCAAGAAGCCAUGCUGUCGGCAUUUUCUCUCUCGCUUGCUUCUCAAAAGUGGCUUGCGCUGUGUCUGCUGCAUGCACAAGCUCAUUUACAUUUACAUUUUAGUCAUUUAGCAGACGCUCUUAUCCAGAGCGACUUACAGUUAGCUCAUGUAGCCUGGCUAGCUCACUACUGCCCCCUUGAAAAUAUUCAGACAAAUUACUAGACAGACUCGAUCCUCUCAAUCCGUAUAUGACUUGAGACACAUUUGACACAAUUACCGAAAGUAACAAAUUCUAGUAUCAAACUGUUUUUCCUGUUUUAGUAUCGGAAAAGUACCAACGUUUCGGUUGACCGUGCAACGUUAGCCUACUGUAUCAAAAUGUUUUGCGACAAAACUAAAAAUGGUUCAGAAGUUUUAGUAUUUUCUUCUGUUUGGUGCUUAAUGAAUAUGACCCUGGUCAAAUUAGGACACCAAGUGACUCAACACUGGGGUGGAGUUGGCUACUUGAUGCUUAGCAGACGGCACUCUCCCCACUGUGUGCUUUCAUAUUUGUGGUGGUGAUGUUUCUGACUACAGGGAGUGUUGAUCCCUAUUAGCUUUUGCAGAAGAAACAGCUACUCUUCCUGGGGUCCACAAAAAAACUCAAAACAGUAACUAAACACUGAUAGAAAAUGAAAGUCACAAUUUUUAGAUACACCGAUAUACAAACAAUAUCAAAACAAUUAUACAAACAAUACAUCUACAAAAAAAUGUGGCUCUCACAGUCUCCGCCGUUCCAUGAGUUGCUUUUUAAUCUGUUUUUAAAGGUAGUUUUGCUUGAGUAAUUGGAGAUGGGCGUUCCAUGCGAUGAUGGCUCUGUAUAAAACUGUGCGUUGCAGUGAAUUCGUUUUUGGUCUUUGACUGUGAAGAAACCCCUGUUGGCAUGUCUUGUGGGGUAUGUAUGGGUGUCUGAGCUGAAUGUUACUUGAUUAUAUAGACAAUCUGGAAUUUUCGUCACAGUAAUAUUUCUUGUAGAUGAGAAGCAGUUAAUCGCUCGUCAACUCUUAACCAAGAAAGACUGGCAUGCAUAUUGUCGAUGUUAGUUCUGUAUGUCCAGUUAAGGGCAAGGCAUGCUGCUCUGUUUUGAGCCAGCUGCAGCUUUGCUAGGUCUUUCUCUGCUGACCAUAUUACCGGACAGUAAUCAAGAUGGGACAAGACCAGAGCCGGAACAACUAGUACAGUUGAUUUUUGUCAAAAACGCAGAACAUAUGUUUAUAACAGACACAACCCUCCCCAUCUUCACAACAACUUUCUCAAUAUGACUUGACCAUGAUAAUUGACCUUCCAAUGUUAUACCUAGGAGUUUAGCUUCCUCAACUUGCUUAAUGGUCACACCUUUAUGUACAACUCCAGUUGAGGUUUAGGUCUUAGACAAUGUUUUGAACCAAAUACAAUGCUUUUAGUUUUUAUGUUUUUAAGACCAUUUUAUUAUGAAUCACCCAUUCUGAUGCUGACUAACUCCUUACUUAGAAUUUCAGUGAGCUCUCUGGCUUUGGUUGCUGAAAUGUAGCGUGUCGACUCAUCCGCAUACAUAGUCAUUAUAGCUUCGUGGCAAAUCAUUUGUAAAAAUAGAUGAGUAACGGCCCAAGGCAACUGCCCUGAGGGACACCGCACUGCACAUACACUACGUGACCAAAAGUAUGUGGACACCUGCUUGUCGAACAGCUCAUUCCAAAAUCACGGACAUGAAUAUGGAGUUGGUCCCUCCUUUGCUGCUAUAACAGCCUCCACUCUUCUGGGAAGGCUUUCCACUAGAUGAAUUCGGGCAGGUAGCAUUCUCCUGGCAUCCGCCAUACCCAUUUUCGUCCGUUGGACUGCCAUAUGGUGAAGCGUGAUUCAUCACUCCAGAGAACGCGUUUCCACUGCUCCUGAGUCCAAUGGUGGCGAGUUUUACACCACUCCAGCUGACGCUUGGCAUUGCGGAUGGUGAUCUUAGGCUUGUGUGUGGCUGCUCGGCCAUGGAAACCCAUUUCAUGAAGCUCCCAACGAACAGUUCUUGUGCUGACGUUACUUCCAGAGGCAGUUUGGAACUCGGUAGUAAGUGUUGCAACCGAGGACAGACCAUUUUUACGUGCUUCAGCACUUGGCGGUCCUGUUCUGUGAUCUUGUGUGGCCUACCACUUCGCGGCUGGCCGUUGCUCCUAGACGUUUCCUACUUCACAAUAACAGCACUUACAGUUGACCGGGGCAGCUCUAGCAGUGCAGAAAUGUGACUAAUUGACUUGUUUGAAAGGUGCAUCCUAUGACUGUGCCACGUUGAAAGUCAUUGAGCUUUUCAGUAAGGCCAUUCUACUGCCAAUGUUUUCUAUGGAGAUUGCAUGGCUGUGUGCUCGAUUUUAUACACCUGUCAGCAACGGGUGUGGCUGAAAUAGCCAAAUCCACUAAUUUGAAGGGGUGUCCACAUACUUUUGUAUAUAUAGUGUAUCUGAUGUUAGAAGCUUCCAUUGAAGAACACUAGGUUCUAUUGGAUAAAUAACUCUGCAACCAUGUGAUGGCUGGUGAUGUAAAGCCAUAGCAAGUUAGUUUAUUUCAAUAGCAAUUUGUGAUGAAUAAAAUUAAAGGCUUCACUGAAAUCUAACAAUACAGCUCCAACCAUCUUAUUAUCAUUUAUUUUUAACCAAUCAUCGGUCAUCUGAGUCAGUGCAGUACAAGUUGAGGUCCCUUCUCUUUAAACAUGCUGAAAGUCAGUAGUUAACUUAUUGUAAAAUCAUUACUCUGUGUAUCUCAGGUAACCUAUUUCUUAGAGCUUGGUUACACCAGACUGAGCGUUCAGUCCGGUUUAACCAGGCUAUAUUUGUGAGGUGAAAUAUGCAAGGGUUGGCAGGUCAGGUGGUAUCUUCCUCUCCAACCUGCCUAUUCCCACUCGUUUUGCUCCGCUUCACCAUGAACCAACCUGCCUGUAUCGAGUUGUUUCGCAAGAGAGAGUUCGAUGCAGCGGCCAACUUUGCACCUGCCCCCGGUGAUUUUGCUACACGACGUUCCUGUAGAUUGUUCUAAAACCAUUAUUUUCUCAACCGUAAUAGCCUAUGCAUUAUGUUGAUUCAUGCUAUGAAAGUAUCUGCCUGUCCCUUUUUCGCGGCCGGCUGCUGUGUGCACGGUGGAGCGAGAGAUGCAUUCUGAGAAGCACAAGCAUAUGACCAUUGAUCAAAAUGCUGUUGCAGGGAAAUUACAGCUUUCAAAGCAUCUACUGUUGUUUUAGUUACACCUAGCGCUGGAAAGUAUUUGUAGGACAUUAGCCCACAUUUUACUGAUGGAUUAAUCAAUUAUCCUACAUGGCUAUAUAGCAAUAUCAUAUUUAGAUUUAGCAAUCUAGCUAAAUGUUUUGAGUUCCCACUUCCACAGGAUGUGAAUAAUAUAGCCUAUAGCACAAAGAUCUUGGCAAAUUCUCUGAAGAGCCUAAAAUACAUCGGAUAAUUCUGGAUCCUAUUUUGACAGGUUGCACAUAAAAAUAUCAAUCAUGCGUUCCCUGGAUAUGUUAGAUGAAAUAAUAGCUUACUUUUUUAAUCAUAGGCUACCAUCUCUGUUGUCUUACUUGGCACUGGAUAGUUGUCUAGAGCCCUGCCACCAAUGUGCAGUGUAUGUCCUUGUAUUUAUUGUUAUCGAGCAACAUGGUAAAAUGUAUCACAAUAUGACCAUAUCGCCCAGCUCCAAACAACACUUCUGUCCGGUUCUUCAUGUUGUUGACUGAGUUUCAGUGUUCUUUUCCCUCUAAAUAGCUCCAUAUGCGUGCAAGACUUUCAAGACGCUCAAAGCUGUUGGAGAUGAAUGGUCUUUUCCUAUUUUACUCUCCCUCCUUUCCUCACUCCUCCUUCCUCUUGCCAUUUCAUGUCUUACGCCAUUUAGGGAAUUGAGCCCCAUGCCAAGGCAAUGUGAGCAAGUCCAGAUAUGUUGCAUUUUUAUUUAUUUAUUGGAUGUCAAUUUUGGUUCUCUCUCUUCUGAUCUGUUCCUGAUCUUCACUGAAUGUUCUCGCCAAGGUCUUUGUCAGGUGUCUUAUUCUAUUUCAUGGUGAUGUUUUCACCAUAGGUUCUGUCUUCAGUCGGUAACACAUAUUUUGCUUUUCUUUUUCCCCCUCAAGGAUAAAAAAUGGUCAUUUACUGUUAGAUUUGAAUUUCAAAUGCCAGGCUUAGCUUUAGAAAACUGCAAAACGAGACCAGACGGGGUGGAAGAAUGAAACGGGAGGUGAUAGACACAUGGUUUUAGAAAGAACAACCUCCAAAACAUACUGGCGGAUGGUCAAGGUGAAGCUGAAAUCUUAAACAUCAUUGCUUUUGACAAGAUCCGUAAACUGUUUGUUUUCUCGAUCUCUCCGUGUUGCUAUAGGACUAAGGCUGCCUUUUACAGCUGCGUUAGAGGGUAAUUUAACUCCUAAUCAGAUCUGGCUCAGACAAUGCAGUUUAUUGACAGUUUCACUGCAUACUUGGGGUGCUGUGUUUGUUCUCCAGAAUUGUUUAUUGGUGGAACCCCUGGAACACGGCCACCAGCUCCAUUGCAUAAAGCUUUGCAGUUUGCACCAACUAAUUAUAACCUAAUAUAUACCUCACACGGAACACACAUGGAAUUCUACAUCACUGUUCAUUCUCUCCACUACUGUUCCAACUGUAACCCCUCCAAGCCGUUGGGUUUUUAUUCUGCUUGUUUCUUCGCAAUGAGAGAGAAAUUAACUUUUGCUUUAGCGGAAGCAUUUAUUUUGCUUUGCACGCAGCGUUACAAAGCCUCACUCUGUUAUACAACACAGGCGGCGGUAAAUCUGAUGGGCGUGCACAGCGCUGCUCUCCUCCAGCCCUCUGGGUUGUGGUUUGUCUAAGGCAGCAGAACAACUUGCAGACAUUUUUAAAUUUUGAGGACAUUUAUGGUUAUAGAGAUCAGACACCCAUUGGAGGAGACCAUAAUAAGAGAGCACAGCACAGACUGAAUCACAUCUAUCGUAAAGUCUUCCCCGUCUGUCUCCCUCCUGCUGCUUCUCUCCUUUGGAAGCAACUGUCAUAGAAUGGCCUCUCAAAUAUAUUUAUCCUCCUGUUAUCUAACCAGUGCAGCCUCUGUCAAACAAUAAUUUUGACAAUCAUUAUAUCUCCCCAUCUCCUCCCCUUGGCCACCGUCUUCUGCAGAACUCUAAGGUGCACAUCCUGGACACAGAAGGCUUUGAGACUACGUUCGGGCCCAAGGCGCAGCGUAAACGACCCAACUUGAUGGUGGGAGACAUGAAGGACCUGGCGGAGCAGGCCGAGGUCUCGGCACAGACCUACAGCGCUGAGAAGGACCGCGACCUGGUCACAGAGGACGACGGGGUCAGGUGAGUGCAGUAGCUCCUGGGGUCACUCACCCUAAUGUCACUUUGGCACUGUGAAGUCUGUCACUGACUACUGUCACUGAUGUCACUUUGACUGACAGUGACAAUGCCUUCAAACCGCACUGUGCUUUUUCAGGUAUUCAAAGUCUACCAUUAACUACUAACAUUUACAUUUACGUCAUUUAGCAGACGCUCUUAUCCAGAGCGACUUGCGAAUUGGUGCAUUCACCUUUAUAGCCAGUGGGAUAACCACUUUACAAUAUGUUUUUUUUUUUUGGGGGGGGGGUGGGUAGAAGGAUUACUUUAUCCUAUCCCAGGUAUUCCUUAAAGAGGUGGGGUUUCAAGUGUCUCUCCGGAAGGUGGUGAGUGACUCCGCUGUCCUGGCGUCGUGAGGGAGCUUGUUCCACCAUUGGGGUGCCAGAGCAGCGAACAGUUUUGACUGGGCUGAGCGGGAACUGUGCUUCCGCAGAGGUAGGGGGGCCAGCAGGCCAGAGGUGGAUGAACGCAAUGCCCUCGUUUGGGUGCCGUUCCCUUCACAGCUCCGUAGGCAAGCACCAUGGUCUUGUAGCAGAUGCGAGCUUCAACUGGAAGCCAGUGGAGUGUGCGGAGGAGCGGGGUGACGUGAGAGAACUUGGGAAGGUUGAACACCAGACGGGCUGCGGCAUUCUGGAUGAGUUGUAGGGGUUUAAUGGCACAGGCACGGAGCCCAGCCAACAGCGAGUUGCAGUAAUCCAGAUGGGAGAUGACAAGUGCCUGGAUUAGGACCUGUGCCGCUUCCUGUGUAAGGCAGGGUCGUACUCUCCAAAUGUUGUAGAGCAUGAACCUACAGGAUCGGGUCACCGCCUUGAUGUUAGCGGAGACCGACAGGGUGUUGUCCAGGGUCACGCUAAGGCUCUUCGCACUCUGGGAGGAGGACACAACAGAGUUGUCAACCGUGAUGGCGAGAUCAUGGAACGGGCAGUCCUUCCCCGGGAGGAAGAGCAGCUCCGUCUUGCCGAGGUUCAGCUUGAGGUGGCGAUCCGUCAUCCACACUGAUAUGUCUGCCAGACAUGCAGAGAUGUGAUUCGCCACCUGGUUAUCAGAAGGGGGAAAGGAGUAGAUUAGUUGUGUGUCGCCUGCGUAGCAAUGAUAGGAGAGGCCAUGUGAGGAUAUGACAGAGCCAAGUGACUUGGUGUAUAGAGAGAAUAGGAGAGGGCCUAGAAAAGAAAGAAGGGAUACUGGUCUGUAGUUGUUGACAUCAGAGGGAUCGAGUGUUGUUUUUUUGAGAAGGGGUGCAACUCUCGCUCUCUUGAAGACUGAAGGGACAUAGCCAGCAGUCAAGGAUGAGUUGAUGAGCGAGGUGAGGUAAGGGAGAAGGUCUGGAGAAGAGAGGAGGGGAUAGGGUCAAUCGGGCAGGUUGUUGGGCGGCCGGCCGUCACAAGUCGCAAGAUUGCCAUUUUAAGUUUACUACUACCCCAAUUCCAUGAUUGAUACUCAUUUUCUUUGUUUUGAUAAUAUAGCCUAGCUUUUGACUGUAUGUUGGACCACAUGAGCAGUUCCAGUCUGUGGUUAUUGUUAGGGUGUGGCACCUGUUGAACUGUAUGUUAUUUAUCUACACACAGAGAGGAAGCUCGUGAGGAGAUCUUCAAGAAGGGCCAGUCCAAGAGGAUCUGGGGAGAACUCUACAAGGUACAGGAUCUUUCCAUUUGAUUGAUAUAGGAAUGUUUAUUUUAGUUCACCUUGAUAUUUCCUAAUAGAUACUGCAUAUGGUGCCGGUAUCAGGGAUGCAAACUUGCCACUUUUCUGUGAUAUUCGCCAUUUUGAUCUCAAAUUAUGUCAUCCACAGGAAUCUUGUAGAUCCGUAAAUAACUUUUUUUGGAGGGGCCUGACAAAGUACGCAGAGUGUAUCACCCAUUGAGCUAUUAAAGAAGGGAGUGAACCGAUCUUCUCCAUGGAAGGAUCUCAAUUGUAUACUCCUCGCGUCCUCUCUCCUCGCCUCCAUCUCAAAACCCAUUUAGAGUAGAAGGUCAGAGGGGAGGGACCUCAUCCAAUGGGUUUUGGGAAGGAGGUGAGGACGCGAUGAGUAUGCAAUUGAGAUUCUCCCACUGUGUGUUCACUAAUGUUACCUUCUCUGGCGGCUUCUAUAUAAUUACCUUCUCAUCACUCACUUUGUUGCUGACUGGGAAAUUUGGAAUGCAACUCAAGUUAAGCAACCUGUUUUGAAGUAAUGCUGCGGUACUAGUUGAUAAGAUGCACAUUAUAUAGUUGCAUGUAUGUUUCAAUAGCGCAAAUGAUUAUACACAAAGUUUUUAACGUUAGCUUGCCAGCUACGUUAGCAUAUAAACUGGCAAGCUAAGAUUAUCACCCACCAAUGAAUAAUGGUGUAUGUUUCUCAUAUCGAAAUUAAUGACAGAAUGCAUCCCUACGCUUCCUACAAAUAGAAUAUCAGCGUUCAGAGCGUGAUGUCCAAUAUGUCAUAACAGAAUGCUUCAUCUAAUAAUAUGUGUGACAGCUGUGAGCAGCCAGCCAUUAGCCUACUUAGCUGUUUCUCUCUGUCCGUUCUUUCUGUGCAUCUCUAUACAUUUUCAAAUGUUAUUUAGCCAUGAUGGCGAGCAGGGGUGUGCAAGCAGUGAUGGGGUUUCUGUUACAUUUGUUUAAUUAUUGGUGCGACUUGCAGUGCGAGCGAAGUGGAUACGCAUCUUUUUCAUUUCGCCUGUAAGAACAAGCAGGCCAGUCUGACUAGGCUUUGCUGUCAUGCAGCCUCCGAGUGUCACUGCCAUAGAGGAAAAGCGGACCACAGUGACAGUCAUGCUUGCGCCUUUACAUCACUGAAAACCGCAAGUUUCUAACCCAAACCACUUUCUACCGCGAAUUGGCACUCAUGUUAUAUAAUUUUAUAAACCAUGUCGCAGGCUGUUUUUAAACUACUAAUAGGCACAUUUUCAUGCAGUUUACAGACUUUCCGCAUGUUCCCGUGUGAAAAAUGUGUCUCCUAUUUGGGCCCUCGCCAGUUUGCAUCCCUGAAGUAUAGUGAUUUGAGAUGAGUUUAGAUCAACUAAGAACUCUUUCACUCCUGGUUAAGCCUAUACCCUGACUCUGCCUUCCUCUCUCAAUCUCCCUCCUUAACUCACAGGUGAUAGACUCGUCCGACGUGAUCAUACAGGUGCUGGAUGCCCGAGACCCCAUGGGUACGCGCUCGCAGAGCAUCGAGACCUACAUGAGGAAGGAGAAGCCCUGGAAGCACCUGAUCUUCGUACUCAAUAAGUGCGACCUCAUCCCCACCUGGGUCACGGUAAGAGACCCCUUUACGUUAUCCUGAGACCAACGCACAUGUGUAGUGGGGUAAUAAUUAUCGUAUAUGCGUAUUACACUGAACAAAAAUAUAAAUGCAACAUGUAAAGUUUUGGUUCCAUGUUUCAUGAGCUGAAAUAAAAGAUCCCAGAAAUGUUCCAUACUCACAAAAAGCUUAUUUCUCUCACAUUUUGUGCACAAAUUUGUUUACAUCCCUGUUAAUGAGCAUUUCUCCUUUGCCAAGAUAAUCCAUCCACCUGACAGGUGUGGCAUAUCAAGAAGCUGGUUAAACAGCAUGAUCAUUACACAGGUGCACCUUGUGCUGGGGACAAUACAAGACCAGUAAAGAACAAGAAGGCCUGCACACUGUUAAAGGCCACUCUUAAAUGUGCAGGUUUGUCACACAACACAAUGCCACAGAUGUCUCAAGUUUUGAGCAAUUGGCAUGCUGACUGCAGGAAUGUCCACCAGAGCAUUGAAUGUUCAUUUCUCUACCAUAAGCCGCCUCAACAUUAUUUUAGAGAUUUUGGCUGUAAGGCCAACCGGCCUCACAACCGCAGACCACGUGUAACCACGCCAGCCCAGGACCUCCACAUGUGUCUUUUUCACCUGCGUAAUCGUCUGAGACACCCAGACAGCUGAUGAAACUUCGUUUGCACAACCAAAGAUUUUCUGCACAAACUGUCAGAAACCGUCUCGGGAAGCUCCUCUGCGUGCUCGUCAUCCUCACCAGGGUCUUGACCUGACUGCUGUUCGGCGUCGUAACUGACUUCAGUGGGAAGUGCUCACCUUCAAAGGCCACUGGCACGCUGGAGAAGUGUGCUCUUCAGGGAUGAAUCCCAGUUUCAACUGUACCAGGCAGACGGCGUGUAUGGCGUCGUGUGGGCGAGCGGUUUGCUGAUGUCAACGUUGUGAACAGAGUGCCUCAUGGUAGCGGUGGGGUUAUGGUAUGGGCAUGCAUAAGCUAUGGACAACGAACACAAUUGCAUUUUAUUGAUGGCAAUUUGAAUGCACAGAGAUACCGUGAUGAGAUCCUGAGGCCCAUUGUCGUGGCAUUCAUCCGCCGCCAUCACCUCAUGUUUCUGCAUGAUAAUGCACGGCCCAAUGUCGCAAGGAUCUGUACACAAUUCCUGGAAGCUGAAAAUUUCCCAUUUCUUCCAUGGCCUGCAUACUCACCAGACAUGUCACCCAUUUAGCAUGUUUGGGAUGCUCUGGAUCUACGUGUAUGACAGCAUGUUCCCGCCAAUAUCCAGCAACUUCGCACAGCCAUUGAAGAGGAGUGGGACAACAUUCCACAGGCCACAAUCAACAGCCUGAACAACUCAAUGCGAAGGAGAUGUUGCGCUGCAUGAGGUAAAUGGUGGUCACACCAAUACUGAAUGGUUUUCUGAUCCACGCCCUUACUUUUUUUAAGGUAUCUGUGACCGACAGAUGCAUAUCUGUAUUCCCAGUCAUGUGAAAUCCAUAGAUUAGGGCCUAAUGAAUGUAUUUCAAUUGACUGAUUUCCUUAUAUGAACUGUAACUCAGUAAAAUAUUUGAAAUUGUUGCAUUUUAUAUUUUUGUAAAGUGUCUCUUGCGUCUCAUAAGACAAAACAAUUAGCUUAUUAAAAUGUAUCUGACUCCAAAAGAGAGAUGGCAAUAUGCAAGAGACUACAGUUGAGUUACAGUAAUAGGCAAUCAAGAAAUGUCUGAGAAUGGAAUUCUAAAUAGAAGUGUAUUUAAUUACUUUGUAAAAUGAAUGGAUUCACAUACAAGGCAUAACGAUGAAGUUACGAGCAUUACAAGGCAUUAUUCCAAGCAUAUCGAUCUUAAGGUUAACUUUCAAGAAAAAUAAUGAACAAAGAGAUGCCUUAAUAGGCUGGAGACCUAGAAGCCUAGGAAAUGAGAAUUGAUCAUACAACCUUCCUCCAUGGACUGGAUACAGGAUGAGAGAGAGAACAACAUACCUUGAUUCCAUUGAUACCAUCUGUAACGUAAAAACAACUACCAUUGACCAAUCAAACGAUACCAGGUUUACAGUAACCUGAUCACCAAGGCCCAAUCUCUACAGGGUGUCACAGCAUUUAAAGGCUUGUGUGGGGUAUGAGACCAUUGUAAGGAAGACAGAAUUCCUGAGAAGACAAAAUCCCUUUGCAUAUAGUAAUUCAGAGUUCACCCUGUACAGAUACAAGUUACCACAGAUCAUACAUCCAUAUAGAUAGCAUCAGUUUUCCUCGCCAUACAGCUCCAGGUGACAGAGCACAUAAAUUAUGGCCGAGCCCAGAGGUGAGACCAAGUCACUAUUAUUCGAGUCACAAGCAAGUCUCAAGUCACAAGGUUCGAGUCUCAAGUAGAGUCCCAAGUAGAACGGGUCGAGUCCAAGUCGUGCAUUCUGAGCAAGUCAAGUAAAAAAAGAUCUACAGUGGGGGGAAAAAAGUAUUUAGUCAGCCACCAAUUGUGCAAGUUCUCUCACUUAAAAAGAUGAGAGAAGCCUGUAAUUUCCAUCAUAGGUACACGUCAACUAUGACAGACAAAAUGAGAAAAAGAUAUCCAGAAAAUCACAUUGUAGGAUUUUGAAUGAAUUUAUUUGCGAAUUAUGGUGGAAAAUAAGUAUUUGGUCAAUAACAAAAGUUUCUCAAUACUUUGUUAUAUACCCUUUGUUGGCAAUGACACAGGUCAAAUGUUUUCUGUAAGUUUUCACAAGGUUUUCACACACUGUUGCUGCAUGCAGAUCUCCUCGGGCAACAGACUUUCAACUCCCUCCAAAGAUUUUCUAUGGGGUUGAGAUCUGGAGACUGGCUAGGCCACUCCAGGACCUUGAAAUGCUUCUUACGAAGCCACACCUUCGUUGCCCGGGCGGUGUGUUUGAGAUCAUUGUCAUGCUGAAAGACCCAGCCACGUUUCAUCUUCAAUGCCCUUGCUGAUGGAAGGAGGUUUUCACUCAAAAUCUCACGAUACAUGGCCCCAUUCAUUCAUUCUUUCCUUUACACGGAUCAGUCGUCCUGGUCCCUUUGCAGAAAAACAGCCCCAAAGCAUGAUGUUUCCACCCCCAUGCUUCACAGUAGGUAUGGUGUUCUUUGGAUGCAACUCAGCAUUCUUUGUCCUCCAAACACGACGAGUUGAGUUUUUACCAAAAAGUUAUAUUUUGGUUUCAUCUGACCAUAUGACAUUCUCCCAAUCCUCUUCUGGAUCAUCCAAAUGCACUCUAGCAAACUUCAGACGGGCCUGGACAUGUACUGGCUUAAGCAGGGGGACACGUCUGGCACUGCAGGAUUUGAGUCCCUGGCGGCGUAGUGUGUUACUGAUGGUAGGCUUUGUUACUUUGGUCCCAGCUCUCUGCAGGUCAUUCACUAGGUCCCCCCUGUGUGGUUCUGGGAUUUUUGCUCACCGUUCUUGUGAUCAUUUUGUCCCCACGGGGUGAGAUCUUGCGUGGAGCCCCAGAUCGAGGGAGAUUAUCAGUGGUCUUGUAUGUCUUCCAUUUCCUAAUAAUUGCUCCCACAGUUGAUUUCUUCAAACCAAGCUGCUUACCUAUUGCAGAUUCAGCCUUCCCAGCCUGCUGCAGGUCUACCAUUUUGUUUCUGGUGUCCUUUGACAGCUCUUUGGUCUUGGCCAUAGUAGAGUUUGGAGUGGGACUGUUUGAGGUUGUGGACAGGUGUCUUUUAUACUGAUAACAAGUUCAAACAGGUGCCAUUAAUACAGGUAACGAGUGGAGGACAGAGGAGCCUCUUAAAGAAGAAGUUACAGGUCUGUGAGAGCCAGAAAUCUUGCUUGUAUGUAGGUGACCAAAUACUUAUUUUCCACCAUAAUUUGCAAAUAAAUUCAUUAAAAAUCCUACAAUGUGAUUUUCUGGAUUUUUUCUCAUUUUGUCUGUCAUAGUUGAUGUGUACCUAUGAUGAAAAUUACAGGCCUCAUCUUUUUAAGUUGGAGAAAUUGCACAAUUGGUGGCUGACUAAAUACUUUUUUCCCCCACUGUACCAAAAGACCAGCUAUGCUACUAAUUGUUGCUUGAUGCCCCCCACACACGCACGCGCGCACAUGCAAUGCAUUUUCAAAACGAAUACAGUAAUUACAAUAAUUUGGUGUAAUUCCGUAGGCCUAUGUUAGUGACCAGAUCGAAGAAGGUAAAUAUAUAAAUAUAAAAUACAAUCGGUAGGCUAUAUCCCCAAAACCACUGCCCUACUGUAGCUCACCCGACCUGUGUUGAUUGACAAUUUGCUGGUCCAAUCAGAGGGCCGGGUGUGCGUUUCACUAGCCAACCAGUUUAUUUUGCAAAUGCGAUGCUGUCUCUGGCUGCGUGGAGAGUAGUGACAAAACGUUACAAAACCUGCCCAGAUCAUUUCAAGUCUAAGUCGAGUCUUAAGGCUCCAAGUCGAAGUCAAGUUUCAAGUUUGAUUUUCUAUCAAGUCGUGUCUCAAGUCAUCAAAUUUGUGGUUUGAGUCAGACUCGAGUCCAAGUCAUGUGACUCGAGUCCACACCUCUGGCCAAGCCUACACAUGUACCCUGUUCACGCUAUUGUGCCGGCCCAAACUGUACUGAGCUGGCUUUCUUUUCACAUUGUCUAUUUCAACAUGGUUCCAGCAACUAUGGCGGAUGCGAAACCAAGCCAGCUCAGUCCAGUUUAGUUUGGCUCAGUAGUGUGAAAAGCCCCAAAACUGUGAAUAUGUGCUCGAAAGACUAAUACACGAUCAAAAGACUGGCAUUGCCUUCUAUGUCAAUUGUUUUCUGGAGUGAGUUGAUGUUCUCAGGAGUUUUUUUAUGUGAGUAGUUCUCCACAAAUUGCUCUACUUUGACAAAGGAUAGCCUGUGGCCUCAAAUAACGUGUGUGGAUUCAGGGGUCACCAAAACAGGAAGGAUGGUGUGCGCGCCAACUGUUUUUAUGAUGUGCUGCAGGAUUUUGCUCUAGUGCCAGUAGAAUACACUACAGAUGCACUGUUCAGCACACAUUAUGAAUGAAUGUCAGACUUAAAUUGAAAUGACACAUUGUUUGUGCCUGUGUUGUUAAAUGGGCUUAUUCUUCAGUGCUAAUUUUGGGUAACCACCCCUUUUUCCCGCUCAGAAGUAUAUUAUUUACUCCAUCAGCAUCAGAGAAGAUGCUGCCCUACCCUAGAGUAAUGAUACAUUUCUUGACAUGUAUUUUUCAAUGGCCAACUGAAUUGUGCAUACUUGCACGAUAUUUGAUGGUUUGACAUUCGCCUAGUUUGCAGGCUACGAUCUACACACUUUCCUUUCUACUGACACACGUGCUGUGCAAACUAACUAACAUUUCACAUAGAGUCCAUGUCUGUCUGACUUAAGUCUGUCUGUUUUGUUGUCUUCGAAUCAGAGACGCUGGGUAGCCGUGCUCUCCGCGGAGUACCCCACCCUGGCCUUCCAUGCCAGCCUCACCAACUCGUUCGGCAAGGGCUCCCUCAUCCAACUCCUCAGGCAGUUUGGCAAGGUAGGCACAGCAUUCUCACGAGUCCCCCACUCCACACAGCCCGAACUAAUUUCCCCAUUUGGUUAAAAGUAGGUCCCUAAGGGACAGAGGUAGGUACAAAUGGCCCACUUUUGUCCUGGCACCCUACUCUAACCACCCUUAUGAGCUUACAGCUCCGCACAGGAUCCUCACAUCUGCUGCCGAGCUGUUUUUGGUACGCACUGGCCAUAAAACAGGGCCUUGGAUGCUCAGAGGAGAGCACAGGCUUAGUUAACAAAGACGAAAGGAAUCUCGCUGACACUUUCUCUGUUGGGUUUAAGAUAACCGUGUUGAGUAGAAAACAUACCAAUGUUGCCAUGAUCGAGCUGGACAUUAAAGAGCCUUGCAUGAAGGUGUGUGAACCGAGGUUCUUUAGGCUUUCGCCCCACUCCAAAUAGGUUUAAGUUGUUGGCCUCGGCUCACAGACAUGUUGGAGAGAUAAUGAAGCGAAGAAACGGUUUUUAAAAAAUCGCUGUUAGAAUUUACCUUUCGGGACAAAGUGGAGAGACUAAUAUUUAUACCUACCUCUUGGUUUUGACAGAUUUUUGAUCCAUGGUGUAGACUUAUCUGCUUCCAGUAGCUAUUUUUCUCCGGUGAAAACAAGCUUUUUUAGAUUACAUGGUCACAUGUUUUAUUAGUAUUGGCCUCCGUCAAAGUACGGUCUAGAGUUGUUGCUGUCCGGAAUUGAAGACAGGCUAAGUAUAGACUAUUGUUCUGGAAACUGCUAUUUUAACUUGUUUUGUCCUCUUCAGCUCCACACAGACAAGAAGCAGAUCAGCGUCGGGUUCAUAGGCUACCCCAACGUGGGAAAGAGCUCUGUCAUCAACACGCUACGCUCCAAGAAGGUCUGCAACGUGGCACCCCUCGCUGGGGAGACCAAGGUAUGUUAUCAUUCCCCUCAAAAAUACCUUCAAAAUAAAAACACUUGAACAUAAGCCCAUAUUGAUACCUGGGUGUCAUGAUGAGCAAUUUACAUACGUCCAUGUUAUCUCAAUGAUGGACAAUGCAGGGGGGACAAUCUCACGCAAUUCCCUUGAUUGCUAAGAGAGAGCACAAACAUGGGAUGUUGCAGGCAGCACUGUUUAGUGUAUUAAUGUGCUACUCAUACCCUAAGUAACUUCCCAACGAUGCGCUGAAGUAUAUGUAUUUAAACCCUCCGUCUCGACUAUAUACGUCUGAAUACCUGGCAGAGACGUGGCCAAAAAGCAAGAAAAACAAUAACCCUCAUCCUUAAUUUCCUCUCUCUGGAUCUGUUUAUCCUGUUUGGAACCAAAUGGUGGAUCUGGAGGUCUGGAAAUCCCACUGAGGGAGAUACUAUCGGAGUUGGCCGUCUGUUGUCAGAGCUGUGAGCGCGCAAAAGCGAUAAAAAAUGUUCUUUGUGAUAUAUCAGAUCGGCACGUAACCAGCAAGAGUUUAUCACCCAAUGCGAGGUGGGUCUCUCCAGAUGCUGCUAGUGUCUGUGGCCAAACACAAGGUUGCUCAGGUCUCUCGCUCUACGGUUGUUUGAACGGAUGUGCAACGCGUUUGUGUUUGUGUGAAAAGGCUUGUCAAAUGUUUCCUCCCGUCAUCCAAAUGGAUAUACGAGGUUUUCAGGCAGGGGGAAAGAAGCUAUGUGAUUCUCAGUACAGUAGCCAGCUCCUCUCAAAAGAAUGGGGAAUAGACCUUCUGACCAGGAGUUGGAACUGAAAUUAGUUUCCAAUCGUUUUGUCCAUGAUGUUUUUCGUUCCGUUCCGACCAGCAAAAUAAAGUUCUGAACCGGUUUGAGAGAAAAAAAUACUUUACAGUUUAUAUCAUUCCUUUCUGUUCCUUUUAAACCUCUGAAAUGAAUUUUUUUUUAUUGACCUCGAUUAAAUUACUUCACAAAUGGAUAGAGCCGCUUGCUAUGGAGCGUGCAAGCUACGUACAUGCGUUGGACAGAGAAGUGUAGUGUAGGGUGCGCGAUGCCACUGACAUUUUGUGGGUGAGGAGUGCUGGGCAUCUUGUUCUUAUGACGUGUUAUCUGAAUUAGGCCUACAGAAUUAUACCUAUGGAGGAGUGGCUUAUAUGAAGAAACUUUUAAUGUCUUUGAAUUUCAGAGAUUUGGCUUAACUAACGUUGGACCAGAUCUAGCUAGCUAGCUAACAAGCUUGUGUGUGCGGAGUGGCACCAUAAUUAAUAUAAAAACACGUCUUACCUUUUUGUAGUUAAUAAAUUCAAUGUGAAACGUGAUAACUAUAGUAUCCUUAACUAGCGUUGAUAAAAAAUAUCUAGUUCAUUUCACUGAUAAUCAUAAGAAACAAGAUUCUAUCCACUUCCUCAUUCUUUCCCCGUUGUUGCAUAGAGAUUUAUAGAGCUAAUAACAUUUUAUUAUGGCGUCUGUAAGCACACGGGCAGCGCCAUUUGAGACCGAUACAACAUCGCAAUCUCUAAAUCUCUAUACGACAACGGGUCAGAGAAUGAGGAAGUGGAUAGAAUCUAGUUUUAUAUGAUUAUCAUUGAAAUAAACAAAUGUAUAAAAUAUUGAUUACUAUGUAUAGCUUUGUAAGACUAUAAAUGACUAACCACCCAGUUUUGGUGUAGGUCUAUUUCCCUGCUUUUGAGAAGAGCUGGCUACUGUACCGGGAGAUUUCCAGCAAUUGCACUAAGCUAACGAUAUGCUAACUUCAAUAAUCUCCAAACUGCACGCAGAGACAAAAAUGGUUUGUCUGACUCUGGGUAAGUAGAUAAACGACUAAAUCAGACCUAAAUUAGAUCCUGACGGGCCGCCCCCAGGUGGUGAGGGUAGGCAACAACACAUCCGCCUCGCUGACCCUCAACAUGGGGGCCCCUCGGGGUGCGUGCUUAGUCCCCCCCUGUACUCCGUUCACCCACGACUGUGUGGCCACGCACGACUCCAACACAUUAAGUUUGCCGACGACAUGACGGUGGUAGGCCUGAUUAGGGCUGUUACGGUGACCGUAUUACCGCCACACCAGCGGUCACAAGUCAUGAAGGCAGUCAAAUUCUACGUGACCAGUUAGUCACGGUAAUUAGUCUUCUCCAAGCUCUGAUGCCGCUGAUGAUCCUUAGUAGCCUACCAAACUUGCUAACUGCCUGGUACUCAGCACUCUAUUGUCCCUCUAAUCACUCUAACAUCAAUGCAAAUGUGAUCAAAAAUCUAAUCAAACACUUCAUGAGAGCCCAAGAGCUCAUGUUGCGCAACAUUUCUAUAGGCUAUGCAAUUGCGUGAGAAAACAGAGUGAUGGCUUCUAUUAAAAAGAGGAGGAUCCCCAUCAGCUUUCUAUAGGCUAGUCCUACUAUAUUUAUAUCUCACCUUUCCUAAUAUUAAGUGCAUUGCUUGUCUUUGCAACAGGAGUAUAGCCUACCUGGCUGGCAUGAAAAUGAACCACGGGAAAAGCGUCCUCCACUUGCUAUUUAAGUAUAGACACCUUUUUCGAAGCAGGUGCAUGAAAAUGGUCUGUUCUAAAUCAAAACAAAUGUCACAUUUUAUUUAGUGUAUGUAAAGACCAGAUUAAAUCAAGAAUAGUCUGAUGGGUGACAAUUAGCCUAUCACUAUAUACACUGCUCAAAGAAAUAAAGGGAACACUUAAACAACACAAUGUAACUCCAAGUCAAUCACACUUCUGUGAAAUCAAACUGUCCACUUAGGAAGCAACACUGAUUGACAAUAAAUUUCACAUGCUGUUGUGCAAAUGGAAUAUACAAAAGGUGGAAAUUAUAGGCAAUUAGCAAGACACCCCCAAUAAAGAAGUGGUUCUGCAGAUGGUGACCACAGACCACUUCUCAGUUCCUAUGCUUCCUGGCUGAUGUUUUGGUCUCUUUUGAAUGCUGGCGGUGCUUUCACUCUAGUGGUAGCAUGAGACGGAGUUUACAACCCACACAAGUGGCUCAGGUAGUGCAGCUCAUCCAGGAUGGCACAUCAAUGCGAGCUGUGGCAAGAAGGUUUGCUGUGUCUGUCAGCGUAGUGUCCAGAGCAUGGAGGCGCUACCAGGAGACAGGCCAGUACAUCAGGAGACGUGGAGGAGGCCGUAGGAGGGCAACAACCCAGCAGCAGGACCGCUACCUCCGCCUUUGUGCAAGGAGGAGCAGGAGGAGCACUGCCAGAGCCCUGCAAAAUGACCUCCAGCAGGCCACAUGUGCAUGUGUCUGCUCAAACGGUCAGAAACAGACUCCAUGAGGGUGGUAUGAGGGCCCGACGUCCACAGGUGGGGGUUGUGCUUACAGCCCAACACCGUGCAGGACGUUUUGGCAUUUGCCAGAGAACACCAAGAUUGGCAAAUUCGCCACUGGCGCCCUGUGCUCUUCACAGAUGAAAGCAGGUUCACACUGAGCACAUGUGACAGACGUGACAGAGUCUGGAGACGUCGUGGAGAACGUUCUGCUGCCUGCAACAUCCUCCAGCAUGACCAGUUUGGCGGUGGGUCAGUCAUGGUGUGGGGUGGCAUUUCUUUGGGGGGCCGCACAGCCCUCCAUGUGCUCGCCAGAGGUAGCCUGACUGCCAUUAGGUACCGAGAUGAGAUCCUCAGACCCCUUGUGAGACCAUAUGCUGGUGCGGUUGGCCCUGGGUUCCUCCUAAUGCAAGACAAUGCUAGACCUCAUGUGGCUGGAGUGUGUCAGCAGUUCCUGCAAGAGGAAGGCAUUGAUGCUAUGGACUGGCCCGCCCGUUCCCCAGACCUGAAUCCAAUUGAGCACAUCUGGGACAUCGUGUCUCGCUCCAUCCACCAACGCCACGUUGCACCACAGACUGUCCAGGAGUUGGCGGAUGCUUUAGUCCAGGUCUGGGAGGAGAUCCCUCAGGAGACCAUCCGCCACCUCAUCAGGAGCAUGCCCAGGCGUUGUAGGGAGGUCAUACAGGCACGUGGAGGCCACACACACUACUGAGUCUCAUUUUGACUUGUUUUAAGGACAUUACAUCAAAGUUGGAUCAGCCUGUAGUGUGGUUUUCCACUUUAAUUUUGAGGGUGACUCCAAAUCCAGACCUCCAUGGGUUGAUAAAUUUGAUUUCCAUUGAUAAUUUUUGUGAUUUUGUUGUCAGCACAUUCAACUAUGUAAAGAAACAAGUAUUUAAUAAGAUGAUUUCAUUCAUUCAGAUCUAGGAUGUGUUGUUUAAGUGUUCCCUUUAUUUUUUUGAGCAGUGUAUAUUAUCACUUGUGAAUGAUGGUCCUCUGUAGCUCAGUUGGUAGAGCACGGCGCUUGUAACGCCAAGGUAGUGGGUUCGAUCCCCGGGACCACCCAUACACAAAAAAAUUUAUGCACGCAUGACUGUAAGUCGCUUUGGAUAAAAGCGUCUGCUAAAUGGCAUAUUAUUAUUAUAUGCCCAGCGUAAGGCAAGAAACAAUGCAUACCUAUUUUUUGUGACUUUUUUAAAUCAUAGUCCCACACCUCAUGUAGGCCUACAGUGGGGGGGAAAAAGUAUUUAGUCAGCCACCAAUUGUGCAAGUUCUCCCACUUAAAAAGAUGAGAGGCCUGUAAUUUUCAUCAUAGGUACACAUCAACUAUGACAGACAAAAUGAGAAUUUCUUUUCCAGAAAAUCACAUUGUAGGAUUUUUUAAUGAAUUUAUUUGCAAAUUAUGGUGGAAAAUAAGUAUUUGGUCAAUAACAAAAGUUUCUCAAUACUUUGUUAUAUACCCUUUGUUGGCAAUGACACAGGUCAAACGUUUUCUGUAAGUCUUCACAAGGUUUUCACACACUGUUGCUGGUAUUUUGGCCCAUUCCUCCAUGCAGAUCUCCUCUAGAGCAGUGAUGUUUUGGGGCUGUCGCUGGGCAACACGGACUUUCAACUCCCUCCAAAGAUUUUCUCUGGGGUUGAGAUCUGGAGACUGGCUAGGCCACUCCAGGACCUUGAAAUGCUUCUUACGAAGCCACUCCUUCGUUGCCCGGGCGUUGUGUUUGGGAUCAUUGUCAUGCUGAAAGACCCAGCCACGUUUCAUCUUCAAUGCCCUUGCUGAUGGAAGGAGGUUUUCACUCAAAAUCUCACGAUACAUGGCCCCAUUCAUUAUUUCCUUUACACGGAUCAGUCGUCCUGGUCCCUUUGCAGAAAAACAGCCCCAAAGCAUGAUGUUUCCACCCCCAUGCUUCACAGUAGGUAUGGUGUUCUUUGGAUGCAACUCAGCAUUCUUUGUCCUCCAAACACGACGAGUUGAGUUUUUACCAAAAAGUUAUAUUUUUGUUUCAUCUGACCAUAUGACAUUCUCCCAAUCCUCUUCUGGAUCAUCCAAAUGCACUCUAGCAAACUUCAGACGGGCCUGGACAUGUACUGGCUUAAGCAGGGGGACACGUCUGGCACUGCAGGAUUUGAGUCCCUGGCGGCGUAGUGUGUUACUGAUGGUAGGCUUUGUUACUUUGGUCCCAGCUCUCUGCAGGUCAUUCACUAGGUCCCCCCGUGUGGUUCUGGGAUUUUUGCUCACCGUUCUUGUGAUCAUUUUGACCCCACGGGGUGAGAUCUUGCGUGGAGCCCCAGAUCGAGGGAGAUUAUCAGUGGUCUUGUAUGUCUUCCAUUUCCUAAUAAUUGCUCCCACAGUUGAUUUCUUCAAACCAAGCUGCUUACCUAUUGCAGAUUCAGUCUUCCCAGCCUGGUGCAGGUCUACAAUUUUGUUUCUGGUGUCCUUUGACAGCUCUUUGGUCUUGGUCAUAGUGGAGUUUGGAGUGUGACUGUUUGAGGUUGUGGACAGGUGUCUUUUAUACUGAUAACAAGUUCAAACAGGUGCCAUUAAUACAGGUAACGAGUGGAGGACAGAGGAGCCUCUUAAAGAAGAAGUUACAGGUCUGUGAGAGCCAGAAAUCUUGCUUGUUUGUAGGUGACCAAAUACUUAUUUUCCACCAUAAUUUGCAAAUAAAUUCAUAAAAAAUCCUACAAUGUGAUUUUCUGGAUUUUUUUCCCUCAAUUUGUCUGUCAUAGUUGACGUGUACCUAUGAUGAAAAUUACAGGCCUCUCAUCUUUUUAAGUGGGAGAACUUGCACAAUUGGUGGCUGACUAAAUACAUUUUUUCCCCACUGUAUUUGCUUGACAAUCACCGGCUGACAAUUUUGUGACUGCCACAGCCCUAGGCCUGAUCACCGACGACGAUGAGACAGCCUAGGAAGGAGUGUGGUGCCAGGACAAUAACUUUUCCCUCCAACGUGUGCAUGACAAAGGAGCUGAUUGUGGACUACAGGAAAAUAAGGGCUGAGCACACCCCCAUUCACAUCGACGGGGCAGUAGUGGAGCGGGUCGAGAGCUUAAAGUUACUUGGUAUCCACAUCACUAAGGACCUAUCAUGGUCCAAACACACCAACACAGUCGUGAAGAGGGCAUGACUACGCCUAUUCCCCCUCAGGAGGCUGAAAAUAUUUGGCAUGGGACCUCAGAUCCUCAAAAAGUUCUACAGCUGCACUGUCGAGAGCAUUCUGACUGGUUGCAUCACCGCUUGGUAUGGCAACUGCUCGGCAUCCGAAUGCAAGGCGCUACAAAGGGUAGUGCGUACGGCCAAGUACACCACUGGGCCAAGCUCCCUGCCAUCCAGGACCUCUAUACCAGGCAGCCCUAAACAUUAUCGGACUCCAGCUACCGCACGGCAAGUGGUACCGGAGCGCCAAGUCUGGGAUCAAAAGGCUCCUUAACAGCUUCUACCCCCAAGCCAUAAGACUGCUGAACAGUUAUUCAAAUGCCUACCCAGACUAUUUUGCAUUGACCCCUUAUUUUAUUUAUAUGCACUUGAGUCUCUUGCACAGGCUUGAUGUACUCUCACUUGACUCUAACCACACACACACUACACUGACACACACUACACUGACACUCCAACACACACAUGCAUAUUGAUGCCACACACACGCGCGCAUACAUUCACAUUCCUUCACACAUGCUGCUGCUACCCUCUAUCUAUGCAUAGUCACUUUACCCCUUACUACAUGUACAUAUUACCUUGACUAACCCGUACCCCUGCACAUUGACUUGGUACUGGUACCCCUUGCAUAUAGCCUCAUUAUUGGGAUUUUAUUAUGUUACUAUACUGAACAAAAAUAUAAACGCAACAUGUAAAAUGUUGGUCCCAUGUUUCAUAAGCUGAAAUAAAAGAUCCCAGAAAUGUUCCAUACGCACAAAGCUUAUUUCUCUCAUUUUGAGCACAAAUUUGUUUACAUCCCUGUUAGUGAGCAUUUCUCCUUUGCCAAGAUAAUCCAUCCACCUGACAGGUGUGGCAUAUCAAGAAGCUGAUUAAACAUCAUGAUCAUUACACAGGUGCAGCUUGUGCUGGGGACAAUAAAAGGCCACUCUAAAAUGUGCAGUUCUGUCACACAACACCACAGAUGUCAAGUUUUGAGGGAGUGUGCAAUUGGCAUGCUGACUGCAGGAAUGUCCAAGAGAGCUGUUGCCAGAAAAUGGAAUGUUAAUUUCUCUACCAUAAGCCACCUCCAACAUCGUUUUAUAGUUUGGCAGUACGUCCAACCGGCUUCACAACCGCAGACCACGCGUAACCACGCCAUCCCAGGAUCUCCACAGCCGGCUUGUUCACCUGCGGGAUCGUCUGAGGGGGUGCUGAGGAGUAUUUCUGUCUGUAAUAAAGCCCUUUUGUGGGGAAAAAGUCAUUCUGAUUGGCAGGGCCUGGCUCCCAAGGCUGCACCCUUUCCCAGUCAUGUGAAAUCCAUAAAUUAGGGCGUAAUUUAUUUAUUUCGAUUGACUGAUUUCCUUAUGAAUUGUAACUCAGUAAAAUCUUUGAAAUUGUUGCAUGUUGGGUUUUAUAUUUUUUCUUUAGUUUAUUUAGCACGUUUCUAACUUUUUUAGUUGUUGGUUAAGGGCUCGUAUGUGACAUACAAUUAGAUUUGAGUUCGUCUGACUCUGGGUAAAUAGAUAAAUGACAUCUCAAACUAGCAGUAUCCCUUUAAAACUACGUGUUGUACAUCAUUUUAGUGUUAAUGGGGUGCGCUCUGAAUGGCCUGUCCUCUUUUAAGAUAAUCUGUUUUGUUUAUAUUGAUGCAGUAGGGUCUUCAUUUCUGCUACAUUAUGAAAUGUUAUUGUCCCAAACCGGUGAAUUCUUGUGAAUAAGCUCUGAGUAUAAAAUCAUUAGACCCUGUGACUUAGCUGAUGUUGGUCCCGGUCUCUUCUUCCAGGUGUGGCAGUACAUCACCCUGAUGCGACGCAUCUUCCUCAUCGACUGCCCCGGCGUUGUUUACCCCUCUGAAGACAGCGAGAGCGACAUCGUGUUGAAAGGAGUGGUACGUUAUUAUUUUUUCCCAUCAAUAAUAUAAAUGGUUGUUUUGUUUGUAGUAAACCAUUAUUAAUUUUUUUGGAGCAGUCAGUGUUAUCCAUUGAGCUCAAAGUAUUGGGACAGUGGAAAAUCGUUUUGGCUCUGUACUCCAGCACUUGAAAUGGUUAAAGUGCAGACGGUCAGCUUUAAUUUGAGGGUAUUUUCAUCCAUGUUGGGUGAACUGUUUGGAAAUUACUUUUUGUACAUGGUCCCCCCAUUUUAGGUGACCAAAAAUAUUGGGACAGAUUCACUUGUGUAUUAAAAGUAGUCAAAAGUUUAGUAUUUGGUCCCAUAUUCAUAGCAUGCAAUGAUUUCAUCAAGCUUGUGACUACAAACUUGUUGGAUGCAUUUGCUGUUUGUUUUAGUUGCGUUUCAGAUUAUUUUGUGCCCAAUAGAAAUGAAUGGUAAAUAAUGUAUUGUAUCAUUUUGGAGUCACUUUCAUGGUGAAUAGAAUGUUUCUAAACACUUGUACAUUAAUGUGGACGCUACCAUGAUUACAGAUAGUCCAGAAUGAAUAGUGAAUAAUGAUGGGUGAGAAAGUUAGAUGCACAAAUAUCAUACCCCCCUCCCAAAAUGCUACCCUCCCAUGUCAUUGUAAUGAUGAGAGGUUAGCAUAUCUUGGUGGUAUGAUAUUUGUGUGUCUAACUUUCUCACUCAUUAUUUUUUAUACUUCCAUGUCUAAAGCUGUACCAUUUCUAACCUAACAAUUGUAUGCCUCACUGCUGUUUCCAUGACGUGUCCUGUCCUGUUUCUCAGGUGCAAGUGGAGAAGAUCCGUAACCCGGAGGAGCACAUUCCGGCGGUGCUAGAGCGGGCCAAACCAGAGUACAUCCAGAAGACGUACCGCAUCCCAACCUGGAGCUCCCCAGAGGACUUCCUGGAGAAACUGGCAAUGCGCAUGGGCAAACUCCUCAAGGUCAGGGCCUGGGUCAUAUUAAUUAGUGCACACUGUAGCAAUUUCUUUACGGAAAACAAAGUGUUUGAUAUUGGACAAGCUCAGAUAGUCCCUCACUGUUUUCAGUCAGUUUUCUCUCGUUUGGUACUUAAUUAACAUAACCCUGGAGUGUAUCAAUGGGGGCUGAAGUCACAGUCCAGGGUCAUUGUCUGUAGCCUGUUGGUCGCCCCAGAUCUGUUUGUGCUUCAUAGCCAACUCCUAUGGUUGUUGUUAGGCAUUCUAAUGGCCAUAGGGAUUGGCAAGACGGCACAGAUCUGAGACCACCAGGCUACAUUGUCUGGGCUGCUUGUCUUCAUUUCUGACCUCAUCUUUCAUCUGUCUGAAAUUAGCUUUAUAACUGUUUGUGGUCAAUGGAAUUUGAAUGUCACAAUAUACUUUAGUCCUGAAAGGUGUAUGUUAUCUUCAGGCUUUAUCUGUGUAUUUGACAAGCUGUAGGUCAGUGGUAAAAAAUGAUCUUCCCUAAACAUAGUCUAUGUUUUUGUAUGUGACAUUUCUUGAUCAGUUUGAAAUUCUACACUUGACCCUAAUGCUUAUUUGGAACCCAUCAUGCCAAGUAGCACAUAAGGUCUACAGUUGAAAUCGGAAGUUUACAUACACCUUAGCCAAAUACAUUUAAACUCUGUUUUUCACAAUUCCUGACAUUUAAUCCUAGUAAAAAUUCCCUGUCUUAGGUCAGUUAGGAUCACUACUUUUUUUUUAAGAAUGUGAAAUGUUAGAAUAGUAUUGGAGAGAAUGAUUUCUUUCAGCUUUUAUUUCUUUCAUCACAUUCCAAGUGGAUCAGAAGUUUACAUACACACAAUUAGUAUUUGGUAGCAUUGCCUUUAAAUUGUUUAACUUGGGUCAAAUGUUUCAGGUAGCCUUCCACAAGCUUCCCACAAUAAGUUGAAUUUAAUAAGAGUGAAUUUUUGGCCCAUUCCUCCUGACAGAGCUGGUGUAACUGAGUCAGGUUUGUAGGCCUCCUUGCUCUCACAUGCUUUUUCAGUUCUGCCCACACAUUUUCUAUAGGAUUGAGGUCAGGGCUUUGUGGUGGCCACUCCAAUACCUUGACUUUGUUGUCCUUAAGCCAUUUUGCCACAACUUUGGAAGUAUGCUUGGGGUCAUUGUCCAUUUGGAAGAACCAUUUGUGACCAAGCUUUAACUUCCGGACUUAUGUCUUGAGAUGUUGCUUCAAUAUAUGCACAUCAUUUUCCUUCCUCAUGAUGCCAUCUAUUUUGUGAAGUGCACCAGUCUCUCCUGCAGCAAAGCACCCCCACAGCAUGAUGCUGCCACCCCUGUGCUUCAUGGUUGGGAUGGUGUUCUUCGGCUUGCAAGCUAUCCCCUUUUUCCUCCAAACAACGAUGGUCAUUAUGGCCAAACAGUUCUAUUUUUGUUUAAUCAGACCAGAGGACAUUUCUCCAAAAAGUACGAUCUUUGUCACCAUGUGCAAACUGUAGUCUGUCUUUUUUAUGGCGGUUUUGGAGCAGUAGCUUCUUCCUUGCUGAGCGGCCUUUCAGGUUAUGUCGAUAUAGGACUCGUUUUACUGUGGAUAUAGAUACUUUUGUACCUGUUUCCUCCAGCAUCUUCACAAGGUCCUUUUCUGUUGUUCUGGGAUUGAUUUGCACUUUUCGCACCAAAGUACGUUCAUCUCUAGGAGACAGAACGCGUCUCCUUCCUGAGCGGUAUGAUUGCUGCGUGGUCCCAUGGUGUUUAUACUUGCGUACUAUUGUUUGUACAGAUGAACGUGGUACCUUCAGGCGUUUGGAAAUUGCUCCCAAGGAUGAACCAGACUUGUGGAGGUCUACAAUAUUUUUUCUGAGGUCUUGGCUGAUUAUUAUUUUUAAUUUUUAAUGUCAUUUAGGAGACGCUCUUAUCCAGAGCGACUUACAGUUAGUGAGUGCAUACAUUUUUCUUUUGAUUUUCCCAUGAUGUCAAGCAAAGAGGCACUGAGUUUGAAGGCAGGCCUUGAAAUACAUCCACAGGUACACCUCCAAUUGAUUCAAAUGAUGUCAAUUAGCCUAUCAGAAGCUUCUAAAGCCAUGACAUCAUUUUCUGGAAUUUUCCAAGCUGUUUAAAGGCACAGUCAACUUAGUGUAUGUAAACUUCAGACCCACUGGAAUUUUGAUACAGUGAAUUAUACGUGAAAUAAUCUGUCUGUAAACAAUUGUUGGAAAAAUACUUGUCAUACACAAAGUAGAUGUCCUAACCAACUUGCCAAAACUAUAGUUAGUUAACAAGAAAUUUGUGGAGUGGUUGAAAAACAAGUUUUAAUGACUCCAACCUAAGUGUGUGUAAACUUCUGACUUAAUAAUAUAAAUAAUAAUUCAACUGUAUAUAAGGACCCUCCAUUUAUUCCUACUUUAUUUUCUUCUCAUGUUUCCCUAAUGCAUUAUCUGUUGCAGGGGGGUGAGCCAGACCUUCCCUGUGUCUCCAAGAUGGUGCUGAACGACUGGCAGAGAGGACGCAUCCCCUUCUUCGUAAAACCCCCUGGCUGUGAGGGAGAGCAUGAGGUGAGAGGUGGACGAACGGCUGCAAUAAAACCCUCUGUCUCGCAUACCAAAACAAAAAGAGACAUUCCCAACAGUAAUGUUAGCACAUGCUCUGGUUAUAGUCUGCCACCCUCUGGCUAAAUGUAAAAUAUCAUCACAUGCAUUGCCAAGAUUGGGCAAGAGUGCAUGCUUGUAUGGUCACAUUGACUGACUUUGCUCAGGUUCUUUUUUAUUUGUAAAAAUAGAUAUAAAGCUGCUCAAGCCGGGCACAACAAUGCAUAUAUUAAAAUGAUUGAGGCUAAAACCCAAAGUCUUAUUUCCGUUAUGGUCCUCUCAGGUGAGCAACAAGAUGGCAUCAUUUUUAAAUCCAUGCAAAUGAAUGUGCUAGUGUGCACUUCAGGAGAAUCGGAACCUAGCCAUGAUUAUGAAAGCUGUACUGACUGGUGUGUUUUCAGGGCAAGGAGAAACUCCCAGUGGAGGGGGCACCAGAAGGUACAGAGCGUGUACAGAAAGAAGGAGCAACAGAGGAGCAGAGCGAGGAGGUGGUGGCUGCAGUGUCGGCCGAGCAGGAGGCCCAGCAGCAGCAGCAGAAACUCAAACAUGAGCAGGUGCAGAAGAUCCUCACCAACGUCCGGCAGAACUUCGGCAAGAUCAAUGUGGCGCCCGAGUUCAACGACGAUGAUCUGGCGCCCGUGGAGAACGACAACCUAGUUUUCUCGGACCUGUCCGGCUCGGACGUGGAGAAGGAUAGCGAAGAUGAGGAAAAUGAAGAGCAGGGGGAUGGGGAGACAGCAGCUGGAGACGCUGAGGCCUCCGCCACCACCCCAGCUGGUCAGCCUGCCAAGGUGGAGGAAAAAAAGAGUUCGCGUGAGACGAUCCGCGAGCUGGAUGGGAAGAUUGCAAAGUACAAGCAGUUCCUGGACCGGGCCAGACUCAAGCGCUUCUCCGCCAUCCGGUUUGUCUUAUUCUUCUCAGUUCUCUCCACCACUUAUCAUUUCAGUCUUGUUUUGAAGGUGUGCUUUAUUGUUUUGUAAGCCCACAUCAACCCCAGAGCUUGUCCAAAAGACGGGCAUAGAUCUGUCCCAAAUGGCACCCUAUUUCCUAUAUAGUGCACCAAAAGUAGUGCUCUAUGUAGGAAAUAGGGUGCCAUUUGGGACGAAGCUCUAGAGAGAGAUUAAGGGUGCCUGGGUCCUCUGAGGUGAAACAUGCCACGUUUUCCACUGUCCAAGCACCUGGGGAUUGGCAGCUGCUCAUACCGUUCUGUCUGAUCGAUGGGUUUUUCAUCACCAUUUGUCACGUUGUUUCGCACACUCGCCCACCGUCUCUCUCGCUGGUGAACUUUAGCUCAAUCCCUCGCUCAACAAUGCCAAAUGAGUCGUCUGCGGCCAAUUUGCUUUCCAUUGUCGGCUCAGCGAAUUCCAACGGGACUUAACUGUCUGGAUGUGUAGGGAGUAAUGAGAUAUGUGACGUCUCUUUCUACUUUGGUUUCUUUGUACAGGAUUCCGAAGGCACUCUCUGACAAAGUGCUCACAGACAUGAAAGUGAAGCAGGCGGCGAAUAAACCACAACCUAAAGGUAACAACUUCAUUUCAACUUGUGAUUUUCCUUGGUGUGCUUAUGGCCAACCUGACAUCCCAAAUGCAGGGGUUAAAGUUCUGUCACUGUGACGGAUUUCUGUCGUAUGGAUUCUUUUUUGUUAUAUUUCCAAUUGAAAAGGACUGGAAUUGGUAAAACUUGCAGUUUAAUACAUGUACAAAAUGAUCUUCUUUUCCUAAAAGCAUGAUGGUCAUUACUUCUUUUUUUUUACAUGAAAGGGGAGGUUAACUUGGCUCUGCAGACAAUCAAUCUGAGAUCGACUUAAGUUUCAGUCAUGUUUUUUGUUGUUGUUGCUUUAACCCCGGCAAAUUUAUUCCAUCAAAGAAUAAAAGGGCACCUUCCUUUACACAAAAUACACAGACUUUACAAGUCUUCAUGGGUAGCAGCAGAUAAAAUAUAUCAUUGGAGUAGAUAUUUGGCCAAAGACUGAAACCAAACAAACAAGCAAUCAUACCAUAAAAAUAGAAUGGGAAUGUCCUAUUAACUGUUUUAGUAAUUCCAUGCCUACGGGUCAUCCACUUACUGGCCAACCAUUUGUUCCUCAGCUGUAACACAGGUCGGCAAGAAGAGGAAAAUCGAGGAGGCGGAGGAGCCAACGCGUCCACACAGAAGUCUAACAUCCAAGCAGGUACUGCGUGUUCCCUUACCCGCUGUUUGACGUCAAACAGACCCGUCUCUCUAGACUGGAUGCCUCCGAUGGAUGGCCGCUCACCUACCGCUAAUGUUAAUGGAAUGAAGGAAGGCACUGUUCUUCCUCAGGCUUCAAUCUCACUCAUUUGUCUUCUUUAUCUCCCUCUCUCUCUACAGAGGAGAGCAGCGGAUCGUGCUCAGAAGGUGAAGAAAGUUGGAACGCGCUAUUACGAAACACACAAUGUCAAGAACAAGAACAAGAACAGAAAGAUGCCUACGGCGCCCAGUGAGGGCAAGAAAGCCAAGAGAUCGAAGCGCUAGUCUGGGGUCCAAGAGACCAAACUGGGACAUUUUCUAAUAAGUCCUUAUUUUAAUGACCCUGUCAUUGUAAUUAAUUGUUUGAAGGUGUCUUGGUACCUACCCUUGGUAUCUUGAUGGAAAGUGAUUUGGGUGAGGGGGCAUUGAGUGAAUUAGGUUCUUAUUCAUCUCUUAAUCAAGUGAAUCACUUGAUGCAUUAACCUGAUCCUGAGUGACCUUCAACGAAGUGACACAAUCACUGUUGUGUCAAACUAUGACUUAAACUUAUAUGGAGCUUCACUGCGAAGUGAAAGGCUGAGUGUCAUCCUUUCACUUCGCAGUGCAUAGCCUGGGUGCCAGUCUGUUUGUUAUUUUGCUAACUCCUUAUGGAACUGUCAAAUUUGGCAUGACAAGUCCAUGAGUUGGCAAGAGAGCAGAAACUCAUUGGCACCCAGGUUAUGUACUGCACUUUUGAAAAAAACAUCUUCAAAUCUACAAUGUCAUACCAUAAAAAAUUAUAUGAACA